UUUAUUUUCUGGAUCUGUGCCUGACCAUGGCGCCACCGCCUCGCUAGCUGCAGCGAAACCAGUGACAGCAUGCAGCGGCGUAGCUUGGAGGACUAUGCAAUAACAUUCCCAAAAUUCUCCUGGCCAAAAUCUCUGCCUCUCUAUGUGAUCAUUGUGCUCCCAACCCUAGAUUCUGAUCUGUAUUUUCUCCAUCAAUGGAUCUCUUUGUUGCAGGUGAUUGGGACGGAACAGAUGGCCUUGCCGGCGCAGCCCGGCGCCGUGGGCGACGACUCCUCGCCACCGAUUUUGCGCCUCGCCGAGGACCUCCUCGCGAAGAUCUUCCUCCUGCUGCCGGCCCUCGCCGACGUCGAGAGCACCGCCGCAGCCUGCCCAGCCUUCCGCCGCGUCGUGGCCGACCGCUCCUUCCUGCGCCUCCUCCGCCGCGCCCACCUGCACCGGGCGCCCUUCGUCGGCUUCCUCUUCUGCAAGUUCCACCCCGCGGAGGCGCCGCACUCCUCCGCGCCCUGCGCUCGGGCCCUCGAGCGGGCCGCCGACCUGUCCUUCUCCUACAUCCACUCGACCGGCUCCUUCACCCGCUGGUUCCCGCUGGACGCGCGCGACGGCCGCGUCGUGCUCGGGCACGGGUCGAGCAGCAGCUUCGUGGUGUGCGACCCUUUGUACCGGAGGUGCCUGCUGCUCCCCCCGAUCCCGGAGCCGGGCGCCGCGCGGCAGUGCCCGUUCCUCUUCCCCGCCAAGGGCGACGAGGCGGAGACGUCCUUCAAGCUCGGUUGCAUGGCUGAGUUCGAGCCUGGCCUGAUGCUGUGUUUGGUCUUCUCUUCGUCCACCGGACAAUGGAGCAACCUGCGAAGCGACGGCAUCUUGUCCAAGCCCAAGCCAUUCUACGCGUGCGGCUGCUUCUACUGGAAGCUCACUCCCGACAUGCUGCUUGUGCUCGACACGCGCGCCAUGGCGAUGGGAUUCGACGUCGUGGAGAUCCCGUCCACAUACGGGGAGCGGGAUUUCGUCGUUGCGGAGGCCGGGGAAGGACGGACAGGGAUCUUCUCCCUCCGGCACAGCUAUGCUCGCGCCGCUUCUUCGCUCAUCUGCGCUGUGAAGCAGGGCGGCGGCGCCGGCGUGAACUGGCAGUACAAGAGGAGACUCAGUUUGCCGCCUCGGUUUCGCUACGCUUUCGCAGGGGCUAGCGAUCGGCACCUACUCCUGCAUGGGUCUCCAUGGAACCAUCAAGAAAAAGCUUCGGAUGAGAACUCUGACAGUGGAAGUGGGUACUUCUCAGUGGAGUCUCACACCAUGAAGAUUGAGAAGGUGUGUGGCUUAAGGGUGCUCGUGGAUGCCGUGCCCUAUACUAGCUUCCCACCGUCACUGUGUCUACCAAGCAUAUGAAGUGGUAAGCUCUAUCUUUAUCAAAUUUCCCGUCGCUUAGGAUUUUGUGGCCAUUGAGAGCCUGCUCAUUUGAUUCAGGAAACAGUAUCUGUAUCUGUAUGUUAUCUUAAUUACUCUUUUGAUGUCUUGUAGUUUGGUUGGGUUACAAUGUUUGGAAAGUUUCUUUAUAUAAGGAUAAGGAUUGCAAUCGUCGUUUCUUUUA